AUGUCUUACUUCCUUCGUUCUCUUGGAGGUCCGCAAAAACGAAGAUUCAUCUCAACUAUUAAGAUGCCAAUUCCAACCUUGAUAAUCGAACAAACCAACACAAUAAACCUCAAUCAGCCACCUGUGUACACAACACAAAUAGAUACUACCACCUUUAAUGAGUUUAUUGAGCGCUAUCCUAGAGGAGCUUAUACCGGAAUGCGUACCGUAGAACAUGGGUCAAUUGUAGAAUUGACUAGUCAUUUCAAGCGGAUGGUUAACUCUCUGUCGCUGAUGAAUUUUACACAGCACAGUACUGAAGAAAACGAACACGUUAAGACCUCAAUGGCUCCGUUUCGCGAUAUUACACGUUUAGAAGGCUUGCUUGUACCGUUUCUGAGAGCUGGAUUGAAAGAGUAUUAUGCAGCUAUUAAUGAUUCCAUAAAAGAAGCCAAAAUUUCUGUUAUGAUUUCCUACUCUUUUGAGUUGCACAAACCAUGCCUUGCGGCACAUUUUUGCCUUCUGCCUGAUCCUCCUCAACAAAGAUGCAAAGUUAUUGCAGAACAAGAAUUAAGAGUUUCCCCAGAGAUCAAAGAUUCGCAAUGGGUCAGGGAUCGAGCAGAAAUGGAGAGAAACAAACCCAAAGAUGUUAAUGAGAUUCUCCUGACAGAUAGUGAAGGGAAUAUUUAUGAAGGGAUGUCAUCAAAUUUUUUCUCAGUGGAAGUUAGAAAUGAUAAACCGGUUGUAGUGUGUGCUCCUCUUGAGCAUAUAUUGUUAGGAACCGUAAUGAAGAUUGUGAUGGCUGUGUGCGAGAGAAAUAAGAUUGAGAUUUUGUGGACUUUCCCUAAACUUCAAGAUGCAAAGCAGGGUUUGUGGCAAGGGUGUUUCAUCACAAGUACCUCUAGACUAUUACUUCCCAUUCGAUCGAUUGGAUUUAGAGACCAAAGGUACAGCAAGAAACGGGUUAAUGUUGAUGAUGUUAUUAUAUUUUAA